AUGGGACAGCCUGCCACACCCGCGCCCACGCCCUCGCAAUCGCCGGCCCGGCGCGGCGCCGACGCAGCCGCGGCACGCCCCCGGUCGUUCCUGCUGGAGGCGUUUGAUGGGAUCCUGGAGAUCACGGUGGACUCGGCCACCGGCCUCAAGGCCGUCAACCUGCCGUUCCCUGGCCAGACGAGCGACCCCUAUGUUGUGGUGUCAUGCUCUGACAGCAGCGGCAAGACGGCCGUGAAAGGGGGCACUACGGAGCCGGAGUGGGGGGAGACGUUCAGACUGUUCAUCAGGGACGCGUCCAGGGACCUGCUGCGCAUCAGGGCCUACGACAAGAACACCCUCACGGCAGACAAGGAGCUGGGGGCGGCCAUGGUGGCCGUGGCAACCAUACGGGACGGAGAGACUCACAGCCUGGAGGUGCCCCUGAAGGGCGCCAACGGCCAGGGCACCAUCCGCCUCACGGCGCGCUUCCUGCCGUUUGACGACCCCGCGGGCCCCUCCGCCGAGACGGAAGCGCUCAUAGACGACGCCAUCGCUGAGGACGGGCCCGUGCUGGUCCCGACCUCGGCCUCCGCCGGCGCCGCCGCCGACGAGGAGGGCGGCGUCGCCGCCCUGCUGGGGAAGCUGCCGUCAGUGAAGCUGCCCUUCCUCGGCGACGGCGAUGCCGACGCCGCUGACGUCAGCGCGACGGCUGCUGAUGUCAUCAUCGACGAGGCCGUGGGCGGCGGCGGGGUCGAGGCGGAGGGGGAGGGUGACACGAAUGCGGAUGGGGUGACCGACGUGGGGGAGGCGGUGGAGCAGUAUAAACAGGCGACGGUGGAGGCGAUCGAGGGGGCGGCCGGCAUCCUGGAGGGCCAGCUGGCGGCGGCCGGCGCGGACGGGAAGGUGCUGGAGGCGCUGGGCUCUGUCAAGUCCGCCGCGGUCGAGCAGGCGCGCCGCACGGCCGACGGCGUCGCGUCGUUCGUAGAGAGCCGCGGCGUCAGCGCGCUGCCCGCGGCGGACCUCACGCGGCUGGUGCUGUCGCUGUCCAAAAACCUGGGAGCGGGUGGAUGUCUGUGUGCGCGGGAAUCUUUGUCCCGCUGCACCGGGCGCAAGCGCGGCUAG